AUGAGAUUAACACUUACCAGCGGGGUUUUGAGCCUCAUCAGUCUUUCACUUGGCGAUACAACCCCCAGUCACGAAUCUCAAAACGCUUUAGCUUUUGCGUACACGUACGGCUAUUCUCUGUAUGCCUACGGAAACGUCGCGAAGCCGAUCCUCAGAGAAAUCCCCCUGAAACCAAACGUCAACCUCCCCGACCCAGAGCCAAAUGAGCCAGGCGGUGUGGGGGUUGUACGGCCAAAUGCCGACACGAUGUAUUCAAUCUUGUUUAUUGACCUGUCUUCCGAUGACAUCGUGGUCAACAUUCCAGAGAUGCCACAGGAUCGGUACUGGGUCUUUCCCAUAUGCACGCCGUACGGCGACAAUUUGAUCAACAUUGGGAACCUUGGAGUCAGCAAGCCUGGAGAGUAUCUCAUUCAGUACGACCCGGACACUUACGGCCUCGAGACCGAGAACAUCCCCGAUGGCUUCGCCGGAGCCAUCAAGUAUCCCAUGGUCUAUGGGUUGGUUAACUCCAGAAUUCUCACAGAUCGUUCCGCAGAAGACGUCAAGAUUGUCCAAAAGCUUCAGCUGGGCUUCAAUGUUUCUCGCACUAUCCCCAGACCUGGGCCGCCGAUCGCUCCGCCACUGGAUCUCACCAUGUUCACCAGACCAGAGUACAACGACGGCAAUACAUCUACCUAUUACGAAGCCGUCAUGAAAGUCGCCGCCGCGCUCGCUCCGUCCAAUCCGCCCUACGUUACCUCAGACAGGGAUUGGGUUGCUGCGGAGCUGCGCAAGGCGGGUUUCAACAAUGGGACAUUCACUCAACCACGAGGAUCCAACCUGACGGCGGCGGUCGAGCUUGCCAACAAGACUUCCCUCGCUUUCCUGGAUAAGCCUGGUGUUUGCCAAGAUGUUGGGAACGACUGGUUCAUUGUAUCUGAAGGGUACAUUGGGAAGUUUGGCUCUCACUACGAAGCUCGGUACCAGAUGGCAACCUCAGCAUACUUGGCUCUCGACCCUUCAGAGAGCGUGUAUCCCUUUUACGAAGGGGAUCUUGUGGUCGAAGAGGGGAAGUCUAUUUUGUUCACCUUCCCCGAGCCCCCGAGAAUCAAGGAUGGCGGGUUUUGGAGUCUCACGGUGUACGGUCCGGACCAAGAUCUCGUUCCGAACGACAUGGAAAAGUACAUGGUUGGUGACAGAAGCAAUCUGACAUUUCCGGAUGGAACUCCAGUUGCGAAGGGGGAUCAUAGAGAGUUUCAAGUACUGCUCCAGGCCUCUGAUAUUGAGCCUCCUGCAAACUGGACAGCUAACUGGUUGCCAAUUACACCAGGGGGGGCCACAAUAUCUGUCACCCUCCGUUGGUACGGGGCAGAAGAAUACAUGGUCAACGGGUCUUACGUCCAUCCUCAGAUUUCAAUCAUCGAUGCGAUACGAAGUUGA